AUGGUAGACGGAGCCGCCAUUACCACACGCAGUCCGCAUUCGGCAGUUAAGGUGACACAAAUUGAAUUGUCGCUCGAUAAUACGGCCGUCUGGUUCCAGAACCGUCGCGCGAAGUGGCGCAAGAAAGAGCAGACCCGGAAGGGCCCGGGACGCCCGGCCCACAACGCCCACCCGCAGACCUGCUCGGGCGAACCCAUCCCUCCUGCAGAACUGGAACGCCGAGAGCGACUUCGGCGGGAGAAGAAGAUCCUGAAGCAGCUGGAGCGCCAGCAGCGCAAGCUGACCCUCAAGGGCGUCCACGUGACCAUCGAGCAGCUGCGGCGCGAGUACGAGAACCAACACAAGCCGGAGCCUGAGAUCGAUGUGGUGGGCGACUGCUCCGAUUCCGAAGACACUCGCGACUUCGAUGACAAUCCAACUCGCGAUUCUUCGUCUUCGCAGGAGCCGCCCACGCCCACGCCCACUUCGCCCAAGAGCCCAACCACCCCACCGCCAAAGCGGCCUCGUCCUUCCACAUUUUCCAUCGCAUCUCUCCUCUCGCUGUCAGAGUCUUCGGACUCUCCGCAGGAGACGCCAAACAGCGUCUCAGCGUCGCUAAUGACCGGACAGGUGACCUCCCUCGUUACGGCCACAUCAACCACCCAAAUCACCCUCAAUUCUUCAGUUGCCUCGUUGUCCGUGUCGCAAAAUACUCCCUCGAACCGGGACUCAGACCUCGUCCAUCACAUUCCCUCCCUCUCCUUUCUCCCUUCCUCCAUCAGCGUCAGUGUCCGGAGACCAACGUCCCCGCUGGACGACCAUUAGCUAAUGAGGAUGAUCCUCUAAGCUCAUGAUCGUCUAAGCUCACGAUCAGUUAAGCUCAUGAUCGUCUAAGCUCAUGAUCGUCUAAGCUCAUGAUCGUCUAAGCUACCGAUGGUCUAAGCUCAUGACCGUCUAAAAUCAUGAUCAUCUAAGCUCAUGAUCAUCUAAGCUCACGAUCAGCUAAGCUCAUGAUCGUCUAAGCUCAUGACCGUCUAAGCUACCGAUCGUCUAAGCUCAUGAUCGUCUAAGCUCAUGAUCAUCUAAGCUCAUGAUCAUCUAAGCUCACGAUCAGCUAAGCUCAUGACCGUCUAAGCUCAUGAUCAUCUAAGCUCAUGAUCAUCUAAGCUCACGAUCAGCUAAGCUCAUGACCGUCUAAGCUACCGAUCGUCUAAGCUCAUGAUCGUCUAAGCUCAUGAUCAUCUAAGCUCAUGAUCAUCUAAGCUCAUGAUCAGCUAAGCUCCCCACACACACCCUCCAGAGUAGGAAGAGAGAUCAGCCUACUGACGAAGGCAUUUAAGUCAGGUGUUAAGUCCUCUUUUAUUUUUUAGAAGGCCACCAAGACUUUAACGGGUUCGACUGACUAUUAUAGCUUUAGUUCGCUUGUGAACGUUUCGCUGUGUACAUAGCUGGGAAAACGUCGCAUGUGUCUCCCGCCAAACAUCCCAACUCCGCCCCCUCCAAAGCCGUGUGAUAUUAACUCUGUAAAAUAAUCCUGUAUACAGUGGUUCUCGAUCCUGACGAUCUGCGCGAGAGUAGACGGGAAUAGAAGGUCCUGUAUAUACGUUUGUAGCGACUAGCCUGACGCCUCUGUGACUAGCCUGCGACCUGUGACUAUCCUGCCGCCUGUGAGAGACUCUCAAAAGAACAAAUCCACAAGGGCCGUGACGAGGAUUCGAACCUGCGUCCGGGAGCAUCCCAGACGCUGCCUUAAUCGACUGA